AUGACAAAUAGGGCAUGUAGUGCUAGAUCCCAGUUAAAUGUUUUUUUUUUUUCCUUCUCCUAUCCCACAGAUCACUCCCAGAAGAUGGUUAUAGGAAAUCAUACCAUAGUGUCUACAUUUAUUCUUGUGGGGUUAACAGAUCAACCAGAGCUUCAGCUUCCCCUCUUCUUCCUGUUCCUAGGGAUGUAUGUUCUUACUGUUGUGGGAAACCUGGGCUUGAUCAUUCUGAUUGGACUGAAUUCUCAUCUUCACACCCCCAUGUACUAUUUUCUCUUUAAUCUGUCCCUUAUAGAUCUCUGUUAUUCUACUGUUAUUUCUCCCAAAAUGCUGGUGAACUUUGUCUCAGAAAAAAACAUCAUCUCCUACUCCGGAUGCAUGACUCAACUUUAUUUCUUUCUUUUUUUGGUUGUUUCUGAGUCCUUUAUUCUUUCAGCUAUGGCUUAUGAUCGUUAUGUUGCUAUUUGUAACCCUCUGCUUUAUAAUGUAACCAUGUCUCACCAAGUCUGUUCUUUGCUAUUAUUGGGAGUAUACAUCAUGGGGUUUUCUGGAGCCAUGGCCCAUACAGGUUUCAUGCUGAAAGUAGUUUUCUGUAAUGUCAAUAUUAUCAAUCAUUACAUGUGUGAUAUACUCCCCCUCCUAGAGCUCUCAUGUACCAGCACCUAUGUUAAUGAGUUAGUAGUUUUUAUUGUUGUGGGCAUUGACAUUGGAGUUCCCACUGUCACCAUAUUUAUCUCUUAUGCUUUAAUCCUCUCUAGCAUCCUCCGCAUCAACUCCACUGAAGGCAGGUCCAAAGCCUUCAGCACCUGCAGCUCCCACAUAAUUGCUGUUUCUCUUUUCUUUGGCUCAGGAGCAUUUAUGUAUCUCAAACCUUCCUCUCUUCUAUCCAUGACCCAGGGAAAAGUAUCUUCUUUAUUUUAUACCAUUGUGGUGCCUAUGUUGAACCCCAUGAUCUAUAGUCUGAGAAACAAGGAUGUCAAACUGGCACUGAGGAAAACUCUGAAUAGAAGAAUAUUUUAA